ACACGCUGCAAUCCGCUGGCUCAUGUCAGAGCUUCAAUUUUUCUCCAGCUGAUUCACGAAAAAAAAAAAAAACCCACACCAUUCCUCUGCCUAUUGGGUGGAUUCCUCCUCCGGGAGCUUGCCUGACACGGCGAAUGUGGCGUUUGCAGAAAUCAUAGGCGUGGUUUUGGAUGAAGAUGCUCCUUCUGCUCCCGCUGGGAUCCCCACCUGCCGUCACAUCGCGCUUGUCACAGCGCCAGCUGGUAUUUUCCUGAGCCACCAGGGCGCGAAUUUGAUUAGAUUUGGUUUUCUCAAGAGGAUAUUGCUUUUUUUCGUCUGAAGAAGCAGCGUAAUUGCAGAGCUGUGGACGUGCGGGACGCCCGGUUUAAUCACCUCCAGAGAGGCGGCGGUGACGGUAGCGCACGGACGGCACCGAGAUAAACAAGAAAGAGCGGACAGCGCGUCGCUUGGCCUCACGGCAGCAGCAGAAGCAGCAGAUCAAGUGGAAAAGGAACCAAAGAGGAGACCCUAGUUCAUGUGCAGGACUGUUCGACGCGAACGUCGUGCCCGCAGCGGUUCGCAAAGAUGGAAAAUACACACAAGAUGCCCAAAAGAUCGCCCUGGCUCUACUUACUCGUAGUGGCGUCUGUUUUACUUGUAGUGGACAGCAAGAGAGCCCGGCAGCCCCGCUGCCCCUCAUCAUGUACAUGUACCAAAGAUAACGCGCUGUGCGACAGCGCAGGGCUGAUCCCUCGCAGUUUUCCCACCGAUGUCAUAUCGCUAUCCUUCGUCAAGUCUGAAUUCACUGAAAUCCCGAAGGAGAGCUUCAUCCACACUCCUGCUCUACAUCUCCUCCUUUUUACAGCAAACAACCUGGAGUCUAUAAAUGAGGAUGCUUUCCUUGGUCUUCCCCAUCUGGAGUAUCUGUUCAUCGAAAACAACCACAUCACGUCGAUUUCACAGAAUGCUUUCCGUGGACUGAAAACCUUAGUGCAUCUGAGUCUGGCCUACAACAACCUGAAGACUCUGCCCAAAGAUUUGUUCAAGGGUCUUGAGGCCUUGACGAAAGUAGACCUGAGAGGAAACCAGUUCAUCUGUGACUGUAAGCUCAAGUGGCUGGUGGAAUGGAUAUACAGCACCAACGCUACAGUUGAUAAGAUUCACUGCAAAGGCCCAGCCGCACAGCUGGACAAGGAGAUCAACGACUUGAUGCCUCAAUCAUUUGACUGCAUCACCACAGAGUUUGCUUCUUACCAGUCCCUGAAGUUUGAAUCCAUAUCUGUGGAGGCGUUUUCCUUUGGGAGUGACCAGUAUGUGGUGUUUGCUCAACCCUUCAUUGGGAAAUGCAGCUUUCUGGAGUGGGAUCAUGUGGAGAUGGUCUUCAGAGACUUUGAUGAUAUUGACAGUACAUCCACUGUGAUCUGCAAACCUUUGGUCAUAGACAACCAGCUCUUCAUCAUUGUUGCUCAGCUGUUUGGUGGUUCACACAUCUACAAGCGUGACACCUCCGCAAACAAAUUCAUCAAGCUCCAAGGUAUCGACAUCCUCAAAAUCCGCAAACCAAACGACGUGGAGACGUUCCGCAUAGAUGGAGAAUCCUUCUUUGUCAUAGCAGACAGCUCCAAGGCCGGAUCCACCACAAUCUACAAGUGGAACGGCAACGGCUUCUACUCCCACCAAUCACUCCACCCGUGGUACAGAGAUACCGAUGUAGAGUACAUGGAGAUCUCCUCCAAACCUCACCUCAUCCUGUCCAGCAGCUCCCAGAGGCCAGUCAUCUACCAGUGGAACAAAGGCACCAAGUUGUUUGACAGGCGCACCGACAUCCCAGAGAUGGAGGACGUCUACUCCGUAAAGCACUUCCAGGUCAAAUCCGACCUCUUCAUCUGUCUGACGCGCUUCAUAGGUGACUCCAAAGUGAUGCGCUGGGACGGGGCGCUCUUCAGGGAGCUGCAGACCAUGCCCUCUCGAGGCUCCAUGGUGUUCCAACCCUUCACUGUUGGCAGCUGGCAGUACGCCAUCCUGGGCAGCGAUUACUCUUUCACACAGGUGUAUCGCUGGGAUGCAAAGAAGGGUGAAUUUGUCCGCUUCCAGGAGUUGAACAUCCAGGCACCAAGGGCCUUCUCUCCGGUCUCCAUAGACAACCGACAGUUCCUGCUGGCCUCAAGCUUCAAAGGGAAAACUCAGAUUUAUGAGCACUUGGUCAUCGAUCUGAGCAAUUGAGCCAUUGUUUUCUUUACUGCUUUUUUUUGAGUGUUUUCUGAGAUUGCAGAACAAAACUGAAAGGGAUUAGUUGAUCCUAACUUGAGCUAGGCAAACGUUACUCCUUUCUUUUCUAAAAGCUUCCACUUGAAUUCAGUGAACAUAAAGACAAACGCAUGUAUCUUAACCAUAUCCUUUUGACUAGGAUACAUGUGGAGUUCAGUGCCGCUCAAGUUAGGAUCAGACCUGAUACGUUGCCAAGACAUUAAUGCAUGACCAGGGCCUCUCACAGGCCGUCUCAUCCUGAUGAAUGCAGCAUCCAUGCUCAGAGUCCUUCAACUUUGCAUCAGCCAGUAGGUUAUUUUUUGUGCGUUCAGCUUUUCAUGUGACUCAGCAAUGUUUAUACAUUUGUAAUCUCAAAUAUUUAUCUACAGAAACUAAUAAUGAAAUGGUACUUUUAACCUAUUAACAUGUUUAACUGAACAAAUCUGCCAAAAUGAAAUGUUUACACAUUUUUCUCUUUCCACUUGUAAGCUAAAAAUUUGUAUUUGAGUCUUUUUGUAAGUUUAAGAGGGACCACGCCAGUUAGAUACUUAUGUUAGAAAGAAUGGUUUAACUUUAUCAUUUGAAAAAUAUAAAAAGAGAAUCUUCCUGAAAAUCCUUGUAACUUACAUUUUUAUUGUUUUUAAUGUUUAAAGUAUUGAAAAUGCAGUUUUUCAUAAGAAAUGUGGGGGAGAUUUUUGGGAAUAUUUUCACACGCUUAAUGGACCUGAAACUAAAAAACAGAGGAUAUUGUUCAUAAUGUUUUACCUUUGACUAACAUGUGUGAAGAAUACAACCGUUGUGUCAUGAUUAGGAUUAAGUUAUUGACUAAUAUCAUCCUGUUUAUAGUCAAUAAAAGUUUACAUUAUUAAAUGUUGAA